AGAGCCCUCUACAGGGACGUCAUGCAGGAGAAUUACGAGACAGUGACCUCGCUGGGAUUCCCCCUUCCCAAACCUGACCUGAUCGCCCGACUGGAACGAGGGGAAGAGCCGUGGGUGCCCGAUCUCCAGGCCGGUGAGGAAAGAGAGAUCCCGAGAGUCACCCACACAGCAGGUGAUGAGAGAGUGAGUGAAAACGAGGAGGGGAAUCAACAGCAGGAGAUUCCUGGGUACAGGGAAUCACAGGGCACCUUUGUGGGAAGACCCCAUAAGUGCUUAAACUGUGGAAAAAGUUUCAUAUGGAGGUCACAACUUGUUUUACAUCAUCGAAUCCACACAGGAGAGAGACCCCACAAGUGCUUAGACUGUGGGAAAAGUUUCAUACGGAGGUCAAACCUUCUUAUACAUCAGGCAAUCCACACAGGAGAGAGACCCCAUAAGUGCUUAGACUGUGGAAAAAGUUUCAUACGGAGGUCACAACUUGUUUUACAUCAGGCAAUCCACACAGGAGAGAGACCCCAUAAGUGCUUAAUCUGUGGGAAACGUUUCAUAUGGAAGAUAGACCAUGUUAAACAUCAAGCAAUCCACACUGGAGAGAGACCCCACAAGUGCUUACUCUGUGGGAAAAGUUUCAUACUUAGAUCAUACCUAGUUUUACAUCAUCGAAUCCACACAGGAGAGAGACCCCAUAAGUGCUUAGACUGUGGAAAAAGUUUCAUACGGAGAUCAAUGCUACUUCAUCAUCGGGCAAUCCACACUGGAGAGAGACCUCAUAAGUGCUUAGACUGUGGAAAAAGUUUCAUAUGGAGGUCAACCCUACUUAAUCAUCAGGCAAUCCACACGGGAGAGAGACCUCAUAAGUGCUUAGACUGUGGAAAAAGUUUCAUACGGAGGUCACACCUUGUUAGACAUCAGGCAAUCCACACAGGAGAGAGACCCCAUAAGUGCUUAGACUGUGGAAAAAGUUUUAUACGGAGGUCACACCUUGUUAGACAUCAGGCAAUCCACACAGGAGAGAGACCCCAUAAGUGCUUAGACUGUGGAAAAAGUUUUAUACAGAGGUCACACCUUGUUAGACAUCAGGCAAUCCACACAGGAGAGAGACCCCAUAAGUGCUUAAUCUGUGGGAAACGUUUCAUAUGGAAGUUAGACCAUGUUAAACAUCAAGCAAUCCACACUGGAGAGAGACCCCACAAGUGCUUACUCUGUGGGAAAAGCUUCAUACUUAGAUCAUACCUUGUUUUGCAUCAUCGAGUCCACACAGGAGAGAGACCCCAUAAGUGCUUAGACUGUGGGAAAAGUUUCGUACAGAGGUCAACGCUGCUUAGUCAUCAGGCAAUCCACACAGGAGAGAGACCCCAUAAGUGUUUAGACUGUGGAAAAAGUUUUAUACGGAGGUCACACCUUGUUAGACAUCAGGCAAUCCACACAGGAGAGAGACCCCAUAAGUGCUUGGACUGUGGGAAAAGCUUCAUAUGGAGGUCAGAUCUUGUUAAACAUCAAGCAGUCCACACUGGAGAGAGACCUCAUAAGUGCUUAGAUUGUGGAAAAAGUUUUAUACAGCGAUCAACCCUACGUGAUCAUCAGGCAAUCCACACUGGAGAGAGACCCCAUAAAUGCUUAAUCUGUGGAAAAAGUUUCAUACGGAGGUCAGAUCUUGUUAAACAUCAAGCAGUCCACACUCGAGAGAGACCUCAUAAAUGCUUAGAUUGUGGAAAAAGUUUCAUACAGAGUUCAGACCUUGCAAAACAUCAGAUAAUCCACACAGGAAAGAAAUCCCAUAAAUGUUUGGACUGUGGGAAAAGUUUUACACAAAGAUCAAAUCUUAUGGCACAUCAGGCAAUCCACACAGGAGAGAGUCCCCACAAAUGCUUAGACUGUGGGAAAAGUUUCAUACGGAGGUUCCACCUUGUUAAACAUCAGGCAAUCCACACUGGAGAGAGACCCCAUGAGUGCUUAGACUGUGGAAAAAGUUUCAUACGGAGGUCCCACCUUGUUAAACAUCAGGCAAUCCACACUGGGGAGAAAGCCCAUAAGUGCUUAAUCUGUGGAAAAAGUUUCAUACGGAGGUCCCACCUUGUUAGACAUCAGGCAAUCCACACAGGAGAGAGACCCCAUAAGUGCUUAGACUGUGGGAAAAGUUUUAUCCAGAGGUCCCACCUUGUUAAACAUCAAGCAAUCCAUACAAGAGGGAGACCAUAAGACUCUUGGAAAGGUUUCAGAAACAGAUUAGCCCUUCUAAAGAUCAGGCAAUCCACACACGCGAGAGAACCCCGUAAGUGCUUAGACUAUGGAAGAAUGUUUCAAAUAGAUGUCAUCCCUUGUUUUACAUCAGAGAAUCCACACAGAGGAGUGACCCCAUAACUGCUUAGCCUGUGAAAGACCUUUUAAAUGGAGGUCAGAACUUGUUUCAAAUUAGGCAAUUCACACAGGAGAGAGACCCUAUAAGUGUUUGGACCAUGUGAAAAGUUUCACACAAAGAUCGAAUCUUAUAACACUCAGAGGAUCCACACAGGAGAGAGACCGCAUCAGUGCUCAGACUGGAAAAAGUUUCCUACAUAGGUCAGACCUCGUUAAACAUCAGCUAAUCCACAGAGGAGAGAGAUCCCAUAAGUGCUUAGGCUGUGGGUAAAGUUUUAUAAGGAGCUCAGCCCAUGUUUUAGAUCAGAGAAUCCACACAGGAGACCCCAUAAGCGCUCAGACUAUGGAGAAAGUAUCAUACCGUGGUCAAGGCUCCUUAAUUAUCAGGCAAUCCUCGAAAGAGGGAGACUCCGUAAGUGCUUAGACUGUGGAAAAAGUUUCAUACAGAGGUCAGACCUUGUUAAACAUCAGACAAUCCACACUGAAGAGAGAUCCGAUAAGUGCUUAGACCAGGGGUGGGCAAACUUUUUGGCCCGAGGACCACAUCGGGGUUGAAAACUUGUAUGGAGGGCCGGGUCAGGGAAGGCUGUGCCUCCCCAAACAGCCUGGACCCGCCUCCAUCUGACCCCCUCCCACUUCCUGCCUUCUGACUGCCCCCCUCAGUAUCCCUGAUCCAUCCAACCCCUCCUGCUCCUUGUCCCCUGACCGCCCCCUCCAGAGACCCCCCACCCACCCCUAACCACCCCCCAGGACCUCAUCUGAAGGAUUCAUGCAGGGUUCAUGCACUUGGCAACAUUUAGGGCACACCCUGAGUGUUGUGUAGGAGCAGUGCACACACGGCUCCUCUCAAGGGCAUGAACCUUGGAAACUCGCCCAAAGGACAUGGACCGUGGGAAGCCUCCCAGGACUGGGCUCAAGGCCCGAGAGCAAGGAAUGCGGUAGAUAGAAAUUGGUAAAUAAGAAUCUUAAACAAAGCCAGUGUAUUCCUUUUAUCUGUUGGAGUGUGUAAUGCGCAGGAGGAGGGGGAGAAUAAAAGAGAGGGUGGAAAGCUGACAAGGCAGACCAGCCCGUCGGCAGACCAGCCCGCUUGCUUGCUUAAAGCUUUGUCUGUCUUGUAUUUGGACCGCAACACUCAUCCCCUAUCUAAACCACCUGACUGCCCCCUCCAGGGGCCCCUGCCCCAAACCACCCCCCCAAGACCCCACCCCCUUCCCAAUCCCCCG